AUGUCCACCCAGUCAUCCACUCGCCCUAGGCGCAACUCGGCGCACCCCGUGUCGUCGCGCGCUCGAGGCGUGAGCUUGUCUUUUGCGACGCGACAGGAUUCGGGAUUGUUGGCGCUGGAGGACAAUGGUUUUGAAGACUUUGCUCGCCUGUCUCUGGAGAAGAGCAGGAGCCACGGCUUCUCCGGGCGGGAGCAUGUCCAUGUGCAUGACCACGACGGAGCACCCGGCUCCUCCAAGGCACCGCACCAGGGAAACAUCAAGAGGAUGCUCCGACGGGCUUCUGUCUCUUUCAAAACAAACGUCAAAGGCUUCAUGCACCGGCGCACCUCGAUCCCCGCUUCCACGGUCUUUUCCACAGACAGCCACGACUCAAAGUCCCCCUUUCUGAGCUCGUCCCCGGCAAACUGCGACCGACCUGCCACGUCUCACUCCACAUGGCACCGUCUGCGGCAAGCCACAAGCUUCCAUCGCCAUUCGAGGGUGCUGUACACCGGUCAUGGUGAGCGCGCCUUUGGACAUGAUCUCGCGACCAUCCAAUCGCCGACCUUCCCCGUCCCCGGGUCCGGCGGGCAGCCUCCCAUUAUCCCGCGCAACACGGGUGCUGCUGCGAGGCAAGCGGCGGCAGCCAUUGCCUGCAGUGGUAGGCAAGGAUACGAAUUUAUGGAGUUCCAGAGGCCGCACCCGAGCUGGCUCGAUGAUGAUUUCUUUGGUGACAGCGAGAGCGGCAUCGGAAUUGCCUUGACAAGCUCCUCCGAGAUCGAUGCGGGUGGUGGCUCCAAGGGCGAGCUGUCAUCUUAUGGGAGCAGCGAGAAGACCGACAUUGUCAAGGUUGACUUUAUCUCGCAGCUGCCAACGGAGCUGGCUAUUCUUAUCCUCGCCGAGCUCGAUGGCCCGACUUUGGGGACGGCCAGUCUGGUCAACAAGCGCUGGGCUCAUGUUGUCGAGAACCGGCAUGUCUGGCGGGAGUCGUUCUUGCGGGAAAAGACGACGGCUUAUGCCACGGGUGGAAGUAUCCAGCCCGGGAGUGGUUUGGGAGUUCCGUUUGUUCACCCCGGGAAUGACUGGAAGAACAUAUACAGGGCCAAGGAGCAGCUCGAUCGCAACUGGAAAGAGGGCAAGGCUCGCCCGGUGUAUUUGAACGGUCACACCGACAGCAUUUAUUGCCUGCAAUUCGAUGAAGACAAAAUCAUCACCGGAUCUCGCGACCGCACCAUCCGGGUCUGGGAUAUGCGCACCUACGCCUGCAAACUCGUCAUCGGUUCCCCGGAAGUGGUCAACGAUCCCGCCCUCUCCAUCGUCUAUGACCCCAGCGGCAACCCAAUUCACUACGCUCACCUCCCCGACCUCGACCCGACUCCUGGCCCCGACGGUCUCCCCCGCGCCACAGUCCGCGCUCACCACUCCGUCCCCACCAUCCUCUCCCCUUCCAUGCACCACAAAGCCUCCAUCCUCUGCCUCCAGUACGACGACGAAAUCCUCGUCACCGGCUCCUCGGACGCGACCUGCAUCGUCUACAGCAUACGCUCCGGCUAUCGCCCCAUCCGCAAACUAGCCCACCACUCGGCCGCUGUUUUGGAUCUCGUCUUUGACGACAAGCACAUUGUCACCUGCAGCAAGGACAUCUCCAUCUGUGUCUGGGACCGCGCAACAGGCGCCCUGAUCAAGCAGCUCCGCGGCCACUCGGGCCCCGUCAACGCAGUCCAAAUGCGGGGCAACACCAUCGUCUCCUGCAGCGGCGACUUCAAGGUCAAGCUCUGGAACAUUGACUCGGGCAAAAACAUUCAAGAAUUCGUCGGGCACACCAAGGGCCUGGCGUGCAGCCAGUUUUCCGAAGACGGGAGGUGGAUCGCGUCUGCGGGCAACGACAAGAUCAUCCGGAUCUGGGACGCCAACACGGGAGAGUGUGUCAGGGAGAUGAAGGCGCAUGAUAACCUUGUCAGGAGCCUGCACGUGGACUCUGUGUCGGGGCGGCUGGUGAGCGGGAGCUAUGAUAGCGACAUUAAGGUUUGGGAUAUGGAGACAGGGCAGCCGCUGUUGGAUUUUCCAAAGUGGCAUUCGAGUUGGGUUUUGAGUGCGAAGAGUGAUUAUAGGAGGAUUGUGAGUUCGGGGCAGGAUCCAAAGAUUUUGAUUUUGGAUUUUGGGGCGGGGGUGGAGGGGGUGGAGAUGUUGGAGAGUAGGAGGCGGGUUGUGGAGGAGGUGGGUUUGGGUUUGGGUUGUAGGGGGGAGCAACAGCAGCAGCAGCAGCAGGAGUGGCUUUGA